UGGCUUCGUCCAGUCCUUGUUAUCGCCCACGAGCGUUCUGUUGAGAUUAUGUGGUUGGUUCUCGCCUCCAUUUGGGCUUUAUAAAUAAUUGAUCAACUAGGCGGACUGUUUUCCAAAGAUUCGCCAUGGCAUCAUUUAUGGAAUUUUUUCAGAAGGGAAAGACGUUUAAGCCAAAGAAGAAAUUCCAGCCCGGUACUCUCAGGUAUUCCUUACACAAGCAGGCACAGGCAUCACUGAAUUCGGGGAUUAAUCUUAAGGCUGUCGUAAAGCUACCUCCAGGCGAGGACCUGAAUGACUGGACUGCUGUCCAUGUGGUUGAUUUCUUCAAUCGGAUCAACCUCAUCUACGGGACAGUAUGUGAAUACUGCACAGAGGAAUCCUGCCCAACCAUGUCAGGAGGGCCAAAGUACGAGUACCUGUGGUGUGAUGGCCAGAGAUACCGGAAACCGACUCACCUACCUGCUCCUCAGUACAUCACUUUGCUCAUGGACUGGAUUGAAAGCCAGAUCAACGAUGAGUCCAUCUUCCCCACCAAAGUUGAUAUUCCGUUCCCCAAGGGCUUCCAAGGGAUGUGCAAAAAGAUCGUUACAAGGCUUUUCAGGGUUUUUGUCCACGUAUACAUCCAUCACUUUGACCGCCUCAUUGCAAGUGGAGCUGAAGCCCAUGUGAAUACUUGCUACAAGCAUUUCUACUACUUUGUAAGUGAAUUUGACUUGGUAAGCCACAAGGAAUUUGAACCCUUGAAGGAAAUGACCCAGCGGAUCUGCCGAGAUCACCUGGAGAAUCAGCCUGGAUCUCCUGGGGUGAGACCAUGACGUCAGAUUGAGACAAUUGCUGGGAGAACUGUAGCUCAUCUUUUCCCUACGUCCAGACAUGUGAUGCUUAGAUAGCCAAUAUCAUACCUGCUUGAGGCAAAAGACAGUUGUGGGUUGUGAGUUCCUGGAAGAGGGCAAUUCCUGAGGAGGUUUGCAGAAGGCAUAGCAUCUCUGAUUUGAAUUUUGGGGUGGAACAAUUAGUUGUGAAGGUUGUUGAAUGGUUCAUCUGCCAAUGCUGAAUCUGACACCAUGGAUUUGGCCUGGAAAAAUUUCUUCUCUACAAGGAUCUGACAACCAUCAAUAUGGUGCUACAUUUAUUUUUUCCAUUAUACAGUCCU